GUUGAACAAGCUCACCGGUCUGCGGCACAUCCGCUCAGCUUAAACAUUGCUACCGAUUUAGGCUAUUUUAUUCCGAUCGAGCUAUAUACAGAAGAAAUAAAGUCACACACAUCUGGGAUGGCAUGAGGGAAUCUGUCUAGCCAUCUGUUCUGGCAAGAGAAGAGUGUGAAAAAAAGAGGAAAGAACAUAUCUUGGUAAUAACUGGCUUGGAUGGUCAUGGGGCAUAUGGUGGCCUACAACUGAUAUGACCCUUGAAUCUGCACAUUUCAAGAUGUCAGAAAGAGGAGAAUCUCAAAAUCUUUCCGAAUGCACUAAGAAGGAUGAGACUCCACCUCUAAGUUGUUUCAUGGAAACUGAGGACUGUCAUAACAACAGCCAGCCAAACUUAAAUGGUAACCAUGAAGGACUUAAAACGAAUUUGAAGGCCAAAGGGAAAUUAGUUCGGAGUACAGCAGUAUGUGAUGAGUCAUUACCCACUGAGGAGAACAGCAAGGAAAAAGAGAGCAAGACAACUAUAUCUAGUAACCAUAGUGACAGUCCUGAGUGUGAUGAGGAGGAAGAGGGGAAGGGCAAAGUGGGGACCACAACCAAAAAGCCAAGUUUAUCCAAAGAGCCUAGUCUGGAAUACACAGACUCCACAGGCAUUGAUCUGGAGGGAUUUCUUAUCACUACUUUAAAGAGCAGUCCCAGGGACAGACUGAUGCUCCUUAAACUCGAACAAGAUAUGAUUGACUUUAUGACAGACAACAGCUCCUAUAAGAAAUUUCCUCAGAUGUCAUCAUAUCACAGGAUGCUGGUUCACAGGGUUGCAGCUUAUUUUGGUCUGGAACACAAUGUGGAUCACAGUGGAAAAGCUGUUAUCAUCAACAAAACCAGCAAUUCUAGGAUACCAGAACACCGGUUUGCAGAACAUGUUCAAGAGGAGAAGUUAGAGGAAAGAAGGUUAAUACUGAAGAGAGACACCAGUCAAGACAAAGAAGAUAGUCAGCUAAGAGUUCCAUUGCUCAAAGACCAGAUGAGGAGCAAGUCAAUAGAGGAGAGAGAGGAGGAGUACCAGAGAGUCAGAGAACGCAUAUUCUCUCAGGACUCCACAUGUGUUUCACAGAGUGUUUACAUUGAGACCAGAGGCCUAGAAGACAGUAGUAUUCUCAGUGAAACCCAGAAAAGACGACAGCUAUUUAGGGGUAACAGGGGCAGUUCUGGUCAGCUGUCUGGCAGCAGGCAGAGCAGUUUUGAACUGGACUCUCAUUGGAAUGACCCUCAACCCUGGAGCAGCACAGAUUCUGACAGCCCGUCGUGGACCUCUAAAUCUACACACAGCAGCUCCAAACUCUGCAAACCAGUGUCCGAGUCAGCUCUGUCCUACACUCCACCCAACAACAGCCCAGCUUACAUCAUUGUACCUGCAGAGUCAUCAAUACCUCCAGGGAGUAUCUUAUUGAACCCACAUACAGGGCAGCCAUUUCUGAAUCCUGAUGGAACUCCAGCUGUUUACAACCCACCAGUCAGUCAGAAGCCAAUCAGUAACCAGCCUAACACAGUGCAGCCUCAAGCCCCACCCCCUCCACCUCAGCAGCAGACAGUAGCAAGCCAUGGAGUACCAAAGGUUCAGUAUUCCUCAGUGACUUAUCUUCCACCUCAGCAUUUAAAUAUCUCUACCUCUCAACAACAUCCAAUAGAACAGACUAGGGAAGAUCUUACCUCUAAGUUUGGUCACAUGAUGUUGAGCCACCAAUCAUCGGGGGAUCUUCCUGAUAUGCCCUCUUAUUACAUGCAAGGGGCACCGCCCACACACAGCAAUGCCCCGCCUCACCAUAGCUACACGCCGUGUCACCAUUCAGACUGUUACUUGAGCCCUGGAAUGACACUGGCUCCUCCCACAGCCCUGCCCCCUCAGACCCAUGGUCAGCAGAGCAACCAGGUUUCAGUGUACAGUUACACUGUUCAGUGUCCCAGUGCAUCUCAACAAUAUGGAGCAGCCGGUUACAGCACACAAACAGGAUACCCGACUGUAAUAUCUAACCAACAAGGUUGUCCAGGCAUGAUGGGAAGUCAGAUUCUACCCCAAACACAGCAAGGCAUGAUGGGGUCUUAUCCAUCUGUACCCUCCUAUCAGGUACCUCAACAGCAGCAACAACAACCAUCUUAUCCAUCUACAAUGCUAGUGUCUGGGCAAGGUGGGCAGACACAGAGUUUGGUGCCCCCUGCUGGAGUUCAAGUGUACUGCAACUCUCUGCCCCCUUCUUCCCCUCCACCUCUCAGUAUGCUGGGAGUCUCCUUCCAGUCAAGCAGCUGCAAAAACGGCUGUAACGUUAAUCAGAACCAGUGCUGGUACUAA